UCCCGUUCUCUCAUCUGUGAUUGGCCUAAAAGAUAGACCAGGCCUCGCAUAUGCAAACCUAGGCAAAUCACUCUGGCUCCCCGAAGGCGAGGUCUCUGCUACAUCGCCUGGCAGUUUUAUCUAAUCCCUCCGGACGACAGCUUCGAAUCUCGGGACCAAGGCGGGCGGACACUUCCUGGCUGGAGACUUCUGCUUGAAUCCCUGACUCGUUUCUUUAAAAAGAUUGGAAGUGGAGAUCUGAUCGUUUAAAAUGGAGCACACGUUCCGAGCAUUUACUAACAACCCAGGAAUCAUCAUCUGGAGGAUUGAGAAAAUGGAGCUAGUUCAGGUCCCACAGAAGUCCUAUGGGAAUUUUUUCGAAGGAGACUGCUACGUUUUACUCUCAUCCAAUAAAAGCGGCACCAUGCUGUCUCAUCACAUCCAUUACUGGGUGGGGUCCCAGUCCAGUCAGGAUGAGCAGGGCGCGGCAGCUCUCUACACCGUGCAGCUGGACGAGCACCUGGGCUGUGCCCCGGUCCAGCACCGCGAGGUCCAGAACCACGAGUCGGACCUCUUCCGCGGAUACUUUAAGCAGGGCAUCAUCUAUAAGAAGGGUGGGGUUGCCUCUGGAAUGAGGCACACAGAGACCAACAGCUACGACAUCAAACGGCUCCUUCAUGUGAAAGGGAAGAAGAGGGUCACAGCCAUGGAGGUUGAGAUGAGCUGGAAUAGCUUCUGUAUUGGUGAUGUCUUCCUGCUGGACACCGGAAAGCUCAUCGUUCAGUGGAAUGGCCCAGAGAGCAACAGGCAAGAGAGGCUAAAGGGGAUGGUUCUGGCCAAGGACAUCCGGGACCGAGAGCGAGGGGGGCGGGCGGAGAUCGGAGUGAUCGAGGGCGACGACGAGGGCAGCUCCCCCAAGCUCAUGGAGAUGCUGACCAGCAGCCUCGGCGAGCGGACGGGCGAGCUGCCCAGAGGGACUGCAGACGAGGUGGCGGACCAGGAACAGAAGGCCCAGCUCACUCUCUAUCAUGUGUCUGAUGCUGAUGGUCAGAUGAAGGUUACCGAGAUUGGCACCAGACCCUUGGUUCAGGACUUACUAAACCAUGACGACUGCUACUUCCUGGACCAGGGAGGCGUGAAGAUCUUUGUGUGGAAAGGGAAGAAGGCGAACAAGGCCGAGAGACAAGCAGCCAUGUCUCGAGCUCUGGAGUUCAUGAGGAUGAAGAACUACCCGACCACCACAAAUCUGGAGAUGGUGAACGACGGGGGCGAGUCGGCGCUCUUCAAGCAGCUGUUCCAGUGCUGGAGGGUGAAGGAGCAGACCGCCGGACUGGGGAAGACACACACGGUGGGAAAAGUCGCCAAGGUCUCCCAGGAGAAGUUUGACAUCUCGCAGAUACAUGCCAUGCCAGAGAUGGCAGCGAAGGAGCGUGUUGUUGAUGACGGUUCUGGAGAGCUGGAGGUGUGGCGGAUUGAGGACCUGGAAUUAGCCCCCGUUGACCCGGAGACUUACAGCUACUUCUACGGCGGAGACUGCUACCUGAUCCUUUACACCUACGAGGUCUACAGCAAGAAGCGAUACCUCCUGUACACCUGGCAGGGCCGCCAUGCUUCUCAGGACGAGGUGGCGGCCAUGGCCUUCCAGGCGGUCGCGGUGGACCAGCGUCACGGGGGCGAGCCAGUGCAGGUGCGGGUCACCAUGGGGAAGGAGCCGCGGCACUUCAUGUCCAUGUUCAAGGGCAAAAUGGUCAUCUAUGAGGGUGGCACCUCCAGGACGGGGGGCUCGGCAGAGGAGCCCCCAGUGCGCUUGUUUCAGGUCAGCGGCUCGGAGAGCUGCAACACCAAGGCCAUCGAGGUCCCAGCGCAGGCCGCCUCGCUCAACUCCAACGACAUCUUCCUGCUGCACAGCAACACCGCCACAUACAUCUGGUGUGGGAAGGGCAGCAGCGGGGAUGAGCGGGCGAUGGCCAAGGAGCUGAGCUCUGCCAUCGGCAAAGGCUCGGAGGAGAUCGUGCCCGAGGGAAUGGAACCUACGGACUUCUGGAGUCUGCUCGGCGGGAAGACGCCUUACGCCAAUGACAAGAGGUUACAGCAAGAGGUGUUGGAUCAUCAGCCCCGCCUCUUUGAAUGCUCCAAUAAGACAGGCCGAUUCAUCGUCACCGAGGUAACACAGUUCACCCAGGACGAUCUCAGCGAGGAUGAUGUCAUGCUUUUGGAUACGUGGGAUCAGAUCUUUCUGUGGAUCGGCAGCGAGGCCCGGGAGGACGAGCGCAAACAGGCGCUGACGACCAGUCAGGAGUACCUGCGCACCCACCCGGGCGCCAGAGACCCCGACACCUCCAUCAUCAUCCUCAAGCAAGGGUUCGAGCCCCCCACCUUCACCGGCUGGUUCAGUGCCUGGGAUUCAUCCAAGUGGAGCGAGGGAAAGACGUACGAGCAGUUGAAGCAAGAGCUGGGGGAAGCAGCGUCUUUUUCCACCAUCACAGCUGAUGAAAUUGAAAGCUCCGGGGCGGAGGUGGCUGAGGCUCCAGAGGAUUUUCAGUCCUAUCCCCCUGAGGACCUGGUGAAUAAACUGGCCCACGAACUCCCUGAGGGGCUGCAGCCUGCCUGCAAAGAGAAAUAUCUGUCAGACACAGACUUCACCGAUGUGUUUGGAAUCACAAAGGAUGAAUUCUACAGUCUGCCACAGUGGAAGCAGUUGAACAUGAAGAAAAGCAAAGGUCUCUUUUAAGAGGAAUAUUCAAUUGUGUAUUUCAUUUUUAUUUAAAAUUUAGCUUUAUUUUGCUAAAUAUUUUUAAAUCAUGUUUUAAACAUUUGGAUUACCAAAUUGCUUUCCUGUCUGACCUCUCCUAAAAAUCUUUGUCUAUUUAUCAAAGCUCAUAUGUAAUAAACAUUCAUUUGUUUUGCUAAUUCAUUUGUUUGACUCGGGGGCAAUAAAAAGUUGCAGGCGUGGAUUUUGUACCCUGUUGUGUGCAAAAAUAGGGAGGGAUCUGUGCAGCAACAUUAGAAAUUAAAAGUAAAUAUGGGGUUAGAAUAAAAUAUCAA